UUGUGACAGAGGGGGCUCUGACUUCUCCUGACUCACAGGGAGCAAACUUCUCUCUCUCUUUCCAGCACUUUCUUCUUGCUACUCUCUGACAGUCUGUUCCGCUAACUGACAACAUCCACUCCCACCCAGUGGAGGAAACCACUCCACCUCUCUUUAUUUCUUAUUCUUCUCUCGUUCUGUGCUGGUUUGUGACUUGUAUACUUUCGGGGCAGUGCCGGUGGUUGACCGUGCAGGCAUUUUUUUUUUUUUUCUGGACUGCGUGUAUGUGUGUGGUUGUGUGCGUUGUGUGAGUCAGUAUGCCAUGUCGUCCCCUGGCUCGUCGUUUGUGCAGAUAAAACAUGAGGACCUGCUCUUCUAUGAGAACUGUGGAGGAGGCAGCUUUGGGAGCGUCUAUAGAGCCCUCUGGAUUUCCCAGGACAAGGAAGUGGCUGUGAAGAAGCUUCUAAAGAUUGACAAAGAGGCUGAGAUUCUUAGUGUCCUGAGUCAUAAGAACAUCAUUCAGUUUUAUGGAGCCGUGCUGGAAUCUCCCAACUAUGGCAUUGUCACAGAAUAUGCUAGUGAAGGGUCUCUGUAUGAGUACCUUUCCAGUGAGCGGAGUGAGGAAAUGGACAUGGAGCAGAUCAUGACAUGGGCCAUACAGAUAGCCAAAGGAAUGCAUUACCUCCACGCAGAAGCUCCAGUCAAAGUCAUUCACAGAGACCUCAAGUCACGGAACGUGGUAAUGACAGCGGACAAAGUACUGAAGAUUUGCGACUUUGGAGCGUCCAAGUUUCUCUCCCACACCACCCAUAUGACGGUGGUGGGCACUUUCCCCUGGAUGGCUCCUGAAGUCAUUCAGAGCCUGCCCGUGUCCGAGACCUGUGAUACCUACUCCUAUGGCGUGGUGCUGUGGGAGAUGCUGACUCGGGAGGUUCCUUUCAAAGGUUUCGAAGGGCUCCAGGUUGCUUGGCUGGUGGUGGAAAAACAAGAGAGGCUGACCAUCCCCACCAGCUGUCCAGCAAGUUUUGCAGAGCUGAUGAGGAAAUGUUGGCAAGCAGACCCAAAGGAGCGUCCACAGUUCAAACAGGUGCUGGUAACCCUGGAGACCAUGGCAAACGACAGCAGGCUACCGGACCAGUGUAACUCUUUCCUACAUAACAAGGACCAGUGGAGGUGUGAAAUCGAGUCAACUCUGGAGCGACUUAGGAAGCUGGAGAGGGAGCUUUACUCCAAAGAGAAGGAGCUGGAGGAGAGGGAGAGGAGGCUCAGACUGUGGGAGGAGAGGCUGAUGGAGAGGUCCAACAUGACUCCCAGUCCGACCUCCCUACUCAUGGAGCGCUCAAACAUCUCACCAUUCUUCACACCAAUGUCGAUUGGUUCCUCUGGCUCUUUCUUCCGCUCACACUCUCAUGACUCAAACAGCACAGGACUCAGCAGCGCUGGGGUCAGCAGCGCUGGCGUCAGCUGUCUCCUCCGCACACUCAGCAACGGAGACACAGAGAGGGGGAGCAGUGCGGUGCUGGAGAGGGGGAUGGGUUCACUCGACAGCGGGAGACUGCACGCCAUGCUCCGUGGGUUGCACGGCAGGUUUGGCGAGGAGGACGAGGAAGAGGAAGGAACCAUGGAGGACAAAAGCUGGGGGCAGAGGGAGAGAGAUGAGAGUGGGAGUCUGGAAGGAGGAAGGGUGCAGGUAACACUCAGGAGCUUCCCAGGUGGCGUAGUGGAGAGGGAGGAGAGGACAUGGGAGGAGGGGGACAGGGAGAGAGGAGGGAUGCAGAGGAGCAGGGUGACCACCAUAGUUCGAGGAUACUCAGGCGGGUUUGGGGAGGCGGAGGGGGAGAGGGAGAAGGAGGGAGGAUGGGAGAUAGAAAAAAUUGGGGACAGGCUAGACGAGAGAGGAAUGGAGGGAGGGAUAGAAGGGGGGAGGCUCCCGACCAUGUUCAAGGGUCUCCACGGGAGUUUUGGGGACAUGCUGUCCUUAGACAUGAAUGAGAUGGGAGAGAUGGAGAAACUAGGUGACUUGGACAUGGACAUGGGUGACCUGGGAGUGAUGAAGGUUGUAGGUCACGGUGUCAGGAGUGAGGUGGGGGUCAGAGGUCAUAGGAGUGACAUGGGAGUCGUGGUCCAGGGAGUCAGAGGCGACCUCAGCGAGGCCAUCAGCAAAAAGAUUAGAGGAGAAGUAGGGGUCAUCGGUCACUCGGGGGUGCAGGUGAGCAUGCGCUCUUCGUCCAAUCAGAACUCUGUGAAGAGCUGCAGCGUGCGACACGGAACCAAGUUCAACGUGGCUACUGCAGCCAUGGACAUGAUGGAGCUUGACUGGUCUGACAGUGACUAGAAAAUACAUACAACAACAACAACAACAACAACAUACACACACAUGGAAAAUACACACAGAGGCCAAACCAGAAUGAUUUUGACUUGUUAGCACAUACAGUAUCUGAGCUACAGUAUGUGCAUUAGGAUCUACUGUUGAUAAAGAGCUGGUAUACACACAUUGUUUUUGUUAAUUUUUUUAUCGAAUGGAUGAAUACUUCACCCAUGUGUACUGUGAAGUGGGAAGGAUUAAAAAGACAAUUAGUGGUUGUCUUGCCAUGUUGUCAGAAUGACUUCACCUGUGUAAUUUAAUGUGCUAUUAAAACUGCGACAUAACAUACUGUACAAGUGUUACAGAACAAUACACUUGAAUGCCGCACUAAUGAGGCAGCCGUCUUUUUUUCCCCCCUGCUUAUAAAGUAUCUUGUAGUUUGUAGGUUUGAUUUGUUCGAAACAAGCUUUGACUUCAUCAGUUCUAACUGUGAUCUAGUGUGUGAGUUUUUUGGCAUUUUCUUUCUGUAUAUUUUAUCAUUUUUCAAUAAAAAGACAAGAAACUGA